ACUGAAGAGGCUUAGGGCCACCAGGGGAAAAAAAAAAUAUGUGACUGGUUCUGCAACCCAAUUUGUCUCCUUGUUAAAUGUUGAGUGUACGUCCAGUUCACGUGGUCUGUUGCCGAGCCUGAGAAAACGAGAAGUGUUCUUCACGUGGGUUUCAUCCAAAUGGCAGAGAAGUGGCAGCCGCAGUGUGGCGUCGAGUUAGAGCCGAAUCAGUUUUACUGCUCGGUAUGUCUGGACCUGCUCAAAGAUCCCGUCACCAUCCAGUGUGGACACACUUACUGCAGAAGCUGUAUCGAGGGAUGCUGGGACCAGGAAAAGGAGAAGGGAACGUACAGCUGUCCUCAGUGUAGGGAGGCCUUCAGCCCAAGGCCUGUCCUCGGGAGGAACAACAUGCUGGCUGAGGUUGUAGAGAAGCUGAAGAGGACAGUAACCCAACAGGCCCGUCCAGCUUCUCCUCUUGCUCCUGCAGGACCAACAGACAUUGCCUGUGAUUUCUGUUGUGGGACCAAAAGAAACAAAGCCAGCAUGUCUUGCCUGACCUGCUUGGCAUCGUACUGUCCUGCUCAUCUUGAGCCUCACCACAGUUUUCCUGUGCUGAAGCUUCACCAGCUGGUGUCUGCUACAGUGCCACUUAAGGAAAAAAUAUGUGCAAAGCACAACAAGCUGAUGGAGGUUUACUGUAAGACUGAUCGAAGGUGUAUCUGCUAUUUGUGCACCUUGGACGAUCACAGGCGCCACUCAACAGUGUCAGCUGAAGCAGAAAGAGCUGCGGAGCAGGUAAAACUUGGUGAGAUCCAGAGUGCAGUCAAGCUGAGAUUCCAGGAGAGACAAGAGGAGCUGAAUGAGCUGGUCCAAGCUGUGAAGGACUUCGAGAUUUGGUGUCAGACUGCUGUGAAGUCAAAUGACGGGCUCUUUGACAAGCUGAUCUCCUCCAUCCAAAAACGACGUGCUUUAAUGAAGGAGUUGAUUGAAGCUCGGAGGAAAACUGCAAUAGCUGAGGCAGAAGAUCUGCAGAUGCAGCUGAAGGAGGAGAUGGCCACGCUGAGGAGAAGAGAUGCUGAUGUAGAGCAGGUUUCUCACACAGCUGACCAUAUUCAUUUCAUUCAGAUCUUCAAGUCUCUCUCAAUCUCAUGUGAAUUGCCAGACCUGCCAAGAGGCGCUGUUAUUUGUCCUAAACAUUCGAUGAAAACGGUGACUGACUAUGUGUCUGACCUGACAUAUGACAUGAAAAACCUUCAGCAGACCACAUGGCCUGAGAUCUCUGCUACAGUGUCUGUUACAGAUGUUGUGCUGCCACCUGUGCCAAAGACCAGGGGAGAGUUAUUGCGCUAUCACUGUCCUCUAACACUGGAUCCCAACUCGGCCAACAAAUACUUUGUCAUUUCACGGCAAUCAAAACGAGUGACGAGUGGCUGCUAUGAGCAUUUUCAUUUAUCUCACUUGGACAGGUUUGGAGGUGUGAAGCAGGUGCUGUGCAAAGAGGGUUUAACAGGGCGGUGCUAUUGGGAGGUCAGUUGGAGUGGUGGCGCCUGGUCAGUGGCAGCGUCUUACAAAAACAUCAGCCGGACAUCAUUCGACUCAGAAUUUGGGAAGAAUGACAAGUCCUGGAGUUUGGAGUGCUCUGCAAACGGAUAUACUUUCAGACAUGACUCAGUAACCAAGGCGGUGUCAGGUCCUCGUACCUCUCAGAUUGGAGUGUACCUGGAUUACAGGUCAGGUACUCUGUCGUUUUACAGCAUCUCUGACACCAUGACUCUGCUUCACAAAGUGCGCACAGUAUUUACUCAGCCUCUCUAUCCUGGCCUUGAGCUGAAGGAAGGAAGCUCUGGCUGUUAUGCAGAAGUGAAGAAGUUGUGAUGCCAACUUUUUCACCUCUACCAUGUUGAUUAAUGUCUUUCAAGACCUAAAAUAAGCAGUGAAGAAACCUGUGAGCACAUUGAACUUGACACUUAUUUGCUGAAUGACUCGCACUGUUUGGCUGUUGAAAGGUGACCCAGGUGCUCCACUGUGACAAAGGACAUUGAAAUUAUAAGGUUUUUUUUUCCGCUCUAAUUAAUCUAUUCUUAACAGGUGUUUGUUUUUUGUUUUUU